AUGCCGUCUGUCAUCGGCAAGGCAGGACCUCCUGCAGAUCUUCGUCGCUUUAUGGAGAAGAGGCUCGACGUACACCUGAGCGGUGGGCGGCGCGUCGUUGGUGUAAUGAGAGGCUACGACACCUUUAUGAAUGUUGUUUUAGAUAAUGCAUUGGAGCUAAGGGGCCGCCCUGGGUCUAAACAAGUUGAAAGAAAUGAAUUAGGCAUGGUUGUUAUCAGAGGAAACUCAAUAUUAGAUUGGGAGUGCUUAGACAAAGUGCGCCCUUAA